AUGACCUGCUCUGAUGAAGAAAAGCGGAAGUUCUAUGACCAUCUCCGUAUGGUUCUCCUUAGCAUCCCUCAAUGUGAUAAGAUUAUUCUUCUCGGAGACUUUAAUGCGCGUGUCGGAACAGAGUAUCUCGCCUGGAAAAACGUGCUUGGGAGGCACGGCAUUGGAAAAUGCAACUCUAAUGGCUAUGCCCUACUUGCCUUAUGUGCAGAAUUAGAACUCAGCAUAACCAAUACGUUUUUUCGGUUGCCUGAUAAAUAUAAAACAUCCUGGAUGCAUCCUCGUUCAAGGCACUGGCACCUCCUUGAUUAUGUCAUAGUCCGAAGGAAUGACCUAAAAGAUGUACUUAUUACCAGAGCAAUGCGAGGUGCUCAGGGCUGGACGGAUCAUCGGCUUAUCAGAUGCAAAAUGAGGCUCAAUAUCAAACCUCCACAUAGAGCAGAACAUAAGAUACCAGCUAGGCUGGCGUUUUCGAAACUAGUUCUGGACGUGGAUAUUAGAAAAGAACUUGACAAAAAAUUUGGGAAUACUGCAUCUGACUCUGACUCUGUAGACAAUCCGACAAUUGACGCUGAAUGGCGUUGUUUCGCUGAUAACCUGCACAAGGUCUCAAAACUGGUUAUUGGUAAGGUGCAAAAGAAGAAUCAAGACUGGUUUGAUGAUUCUGAUACGGAGUUACGACAACUUGUUGGAGUGUUUCGACGCUCUCUGAGAAGUGCCCACUGUAACCAAGAGCGCAAUGCACUUCAUCAAGUCCUUAAGAGAAAAGUGCGUGAAUUGAAAAAUGAAUGGUGGCUGGCUAAGGCCCAAGACUUACAACGUUUGGCAGAUACCAAUCAAACUGCUAGAUUUUUCGAAAGCCUCAGAACAAUAUAUGGCCCCCGUUGUAAGAAAACAGCCCCGGUAUAUUCGCGCGACAAGACCACCAAGCUGACUGAUCCCUCAGAAGUUCUUCUUCGAUGGGCGGAGCAUUUCAACGAAGUGCUCAAUCCUGGAAGUCAAGGAGCGGAUCUAAAUUACAUCAAUUCUCUUGAUGCAUUGCCGAUUUCAUCCGAUCUCGAAACUCCACCAUCCUAUGAGGAAUUCCAUAAUGCUCUAAACCGUUUAAAGAAUGGCAAAUCUCCAGGUUAUGACAGUCUUCCAUCAGAAGUUUACAAAUAUGGCGGGAAAAAUAUUAAGACCAGACUGUUUGAACUUGUGUUGCAAAUAUGGGACGCAGAAAUAGUUCCACAGGACUGGAAGGAUGCUCUUAUAAGCAAACUCUACAAGGGAAAAGGUGACCUUUCCGACUGUAGUUGCUACAGAGGUAUCGCCCUGCUAUCUGCGGCUGGCAAGGUACUGGCGCAUGUCAUCAAUAGCCGCCUCGUCAAGCUAGCUGAGAGCUUCCUGCCAGAAAGCCAGUGA